AUGCCCCUCAUUCGCUUGAGUUCCAAGCUCUCCCUUCGUGUUCCUAACUACCAGGACGAGGAUUACCAAGUCGCUGAACGAUCUCCAGUUAGUCCUCAGACUCGUUCGGUGCUCGGCUCGAUCACCAACGCAGCUAGCGAUCAACACACAAAGAAGUUGCCUUCUCCGAAGACAGGAAUUACCAUCAAAAUUCCGCCAAAGACCUCGAAGACCGAGCGCCGCUUUUCGAACUGCAGGUGCAAACAGCAUGCCCCGCUCGUGACUCUAGACAAGGAACAAUACAGGCUGGAGCCACUGUAUAUCACCCUAGGCAAACUGGUGAUCUGUUCGCCACUCUUUUCGCCCUUGAGGAUAAUCAGCAAGCCUUCCUCGCCGUCAUCGACACAUGGCUUGGUAGCCUUUCCCGAUGUUUCGGACACGGCUUCUUCUGGAGGCGACUCUGCAUCCGAUGUGCCACCUCUCACCAACGAAACGCCUCGUACCUUCGAAAUAGUGAAGGAGUUGGCUCCAGGUGGCGAGUAUUCGGUUUGUUAUGCUGCGGUCGAGCUAUGUCCCAAGGGAAAUCGUCUGGGGCGCUAUCAGUGCUUGAAGGUGACCAAGAAGAGCAAUAUGAAGGAGAGGCCUCUUCAACUUCUAUGGGCGGAAUGCCGCGCGUUCUUGCGGAUUGUUGCUCAGCGCAGGAAGAGAGCCGACCAUUUACAUGGGAUGCCCUUUGUCAUGGAAGCUGACGCCUUCCUAGAGGACGAUGACUCCUUUUAUUUUGUCAUGGAAUACUUGAAGUUUGAUUUGCAGCAUGUUCUACUGGAAUGGAGACCUUUCAAGCGUCGGAUUUAUGCGAAACGGUGGUUAGCACAAAUGGCACGAGGUCUCUACUACCUUCACAAGGCCGGCAUCAUUCACCGCGAUCUGAAGCCUGAGAACGUCCUCGUGGAUUGGAAGGGCAACGCUCGCAUCAUGGAUUUCGGCUUGAGCUGGGUUUCACAAGAGGACAAAAGCCUGGAACCUGGGGUCCCAUACGCUUACCUUUGCGGUGUCGGUACCCCCGAGUACACUGCUCCAGAGACUUGGAUUGACGACGACUUCCGAAGCCCGCGCUCCGCUGAACCUGUGAAUAAUGAUGAUGCUGAGGAGUCCAUCUCAAGCAGAGCCGUCUACGGUAUAGAGGUGGAUUAUUGGGCUUUUGGUUGUAUUGCAUUUGAACUUGAGGCUUAUAAAUCUCGGGUCCUUUUCCCUGGCAAAAGUUCCCAAGAUUUCUACAUCCAACAACAUGCUCGGGGGAAUGCACAGUCGCUAUUCCGGACGGAUGAUGUUCUGAGCCCUGAAGCCCAGGAUCUUUUCCUCUCACUCUUGGAACCGAACCCAGCUCUACGUGCUACAUUUCAAGAUAUUGUUCAUGCUGGUUAUUUUCAAAUCAGUGAUGGAUUCAGGAAUAGUCAUUUUAGCUUCAUCGUUAACCGGGCUUGGGAACGGUCUACACAGCGGGUUCCUCUUCUAAGUGAAGACCUCUCGAAAAUUGUCCAUCCAGAAGAAGUCGAACAUCAUUCGGUUGAUUCGAUGUUGCCUGGAAUCAAUGGCUGGAUAAAUCCACACGGAUAUUGGGGAGAACACUAUGACCCUUAUCCUGAGGGCAAGAUCGCCGACUACCAGCAAUUCUAUGACGAUCAUGGGCACCUUUACGGCUGCUGCAACUGAAUGUUCUCCCCGUUUAUUCAUCAUCCAAUAAUUUAUCUCCACUUCCUGCAUCAGCUCCUCGUGUAUUUACCACCAUACCAUCUGACUAAAGGAUGUACCAUUUC